CUGUCACCAUCAAGCAGAUUACAUGCCCUUGUCGGCGAGAUUUUGGCCUUCCACUGGUUUUUCUCGGGCAUAAAGUCUGGCGUCCACAGUCAAGAUCUCCUGUCUCGUGUCUUUCCGAAGCAACAAUCUCCUCGCACUGGAUUCGAUGGCGACAAUUGGUCCAGCUUGUUCCACUUGCAGGAGAGCUUGUCGUCGUUGCGACCGUGCAAAGCCUGCAUGUGAUCGAUGCGUCUCGAAAGGUGUCAAAUGCGGCGGCUAUCCAGAAAAGUACAAAUUCUGUGGUCUCGCAAGUCGAGGCAAGUGGCGAGACGCCCAACUCCCAGUGGCCAAGAAACCUACACGGUCUACAGGUCGAGCGACUCGGCGUCCUCAGCGACUUUCUGUACAAUGUACUCGUGCGACACCAUCACCUGCAUUCAAUGGUCAGCCGGAGCCCAGGUCGAGGCCUCUCGACGCCCUGGAUCUUACCGCUUUACCGAAUAUUAACGCCGUGCUCGAAAUAUCAGCAACCGAGGGCAUAGAUGUGAGCGUACUAGAUGAACCAGAUGAGUCUCUCGACGCGCUUCUCGUGCAAGAUCGAACCGAAGUCUUAUUGGCUUAUUACGACGAGGUCAUAUGUCCUCACCAGAUUGCAAUGGUCACAAACAAUAUCGAGAACCCAUAUCGAAAAUACAUCCUCCCCCUAGCAUAUGAGCAUGUCGCUCCUCUGUGUGCUAUCCUUGGCCUCUCGGCAUGUCAUCAAGGCAUACAGCAAGGCGACAGAGAGAUGCUUGAUAGUGAAGCUGUGCAAUACCGGCUCCAGGCUAUUCGAUCAUUGGCGAGUUUGCUCGCCAAAGAUCGACGCAGCACUCUUUCAGAAGUUGAACAGGCUGCCCUGCUGGCCACCAUCCAACUCCUCAUUCUACAUGAUAUAUGCGAGACCGGUAUCUCAAGUCAUGGAGCCCAUGUCACGGGAUCUAGCGUGAUUGGCGAAAGAUGGAUGGAGGAAGGCAUGACUACUUCUGGCCGUGGUCGGACUGUGUUUUUCCUGGCGAAUCUGGCUUGGCUGGACGUGACUCGAAGCUUUGCAGGUCCGGAGCGACUAUGCUUCUCCUGGACUCUCAUGCAAGCCAUCAUUGCCGCAGCGGAUCGUCACUUCGAAAUGGUCAAUGGUUGUCCACGAGACAUAUUCUUGAUCGUCGGCUAUGUGCUAUGGAGCUCCAAGCAGUGUAGCCUUGGCAUUCUGUCUCUGGGAGCGCUUCAGGACGUGAUUAGAGCAGGAAUUGUCAAGCUACAACAGUGGAACAGCACUAGCUACGAGUAUCCAACAACCGACCCUCUAUGGUUCAACGUUGCAGAGGCUUUUCGAGCAGCGUGUAUGUUAUGGAUGAUGCGCCUCCUCGAGCCUUCCAGACCUGCCAAAGAUGCAAAAAUUGAGUCUCUCGUCACUCAAGUUCUGGACAACAUUGCUGAAGUCCCCGUAAGCUCGCCACUACUUGAGUUACUUGUCCUGCCACUCUUCAUUGCCGGUGCGGAUGCGAUGACAAAACAUUCGAGAUAUUAUGUCAUUUUCCGCCUAGACGAGAUCAAAGGAAGGUCUGGCUUUGCGAAUCCUGCCCCUAAAGACCUUCUGCGCCAGGUCUGGCAAACUCGAGACUCACCAAGCACUGAGGAUGAGUUGAAUGUACCAUGGAUGCGAUUUACGUUCAGCACCGACCUGGAGCGCCAGAAUGAUUACAUAAUCAUUUAGAAUGUCGCCUCCAUUCCACACAUGGAAUGGUGUUGAUGAACGUGGGAUUGCAGACAGAGAGUCGACUUCUUUACAUGCUUGGGGUAGGGGAUGAUGCUGGUUCCCAAGUCAGGUCGAAUAUUGAGC